AUGGCCCUCCACCCCCGCAGAGUCCGGCUGAAGCCCUGGCUGGUGGCCCAGGUGGACAGUGGCCUGUACCCUGGGCUCAUCUGGCUGCACAGGGACUCCAAACGCUUCCAGAUUCCCUGGAAACAUGCCACCCGACACAGCCCCCAACAGGAGGAGGAAAAUACCAUCUUCAAGGCCUGGGCUGUGGAGACAGGGAAGUACCAGGAAGGGGUGGAUGACCCUGACCCGGCUAAAUGGAAGGCCCAGCUCCGCUGUGCUCUCAACAAGAGCAGGGAAUUCAACUUGAUGUAUGAUGGCACCAAGGAGGUGCCCAUGAAUCCAGUGAAGAUAUAUCAAGUGUGUGACAUCCCCCAGCCCCAGGGCUCCAUCAUUAACCCAGGAUCCACUGGAUCUGCUCCUUGGGAUGAGAAGGAUAAUGAUGUGGAUGAAGAUGAUGAGGAAGAUGAGCUGGAUCAGUCACAGCACCAUGUUCCCAUCCAGGACACCUUUCCCUUCCUGAACAUCAAUGGUUCUCCCUUGGCACCGGCCAGUGUGGGCAACUGUAGUGUAAGCAACUGCAGUGUGGGCAACUGCAGCCCUGAAGCAGUGUGGCCCAAAACGGAACCUCUGGAGAUGGAAGUACCCCAGGCACCUAUACAGCCCUUUUACAGCUCUCCAGAGCUGUGGAUCAGCUCUCUUCCAAUGACUGACCUGGACAUCAAGUUUCAGUACCGUGGGAAGGAGUAUGUGCAGACCUUGACCGUGAGCAACCCACAGGGCUGCCGGCUCUUCUAUGGGGACCUGGGUCCCAUGCCUGACCAGGAGGAGCUCUUCGGUCCUGUCAGUCUGGAGCAGGUCAAGUUCCCAGGUCCAGAGCACAUCACCAAUGAGAAGCAGAAGCUGUUCACCAGCAAGCUGCUAGACGUCAUGGACAGAGGACUGAUCCUCGAGGUCAGCGGCCAUGCCAUUUAUGCCAUCAGGCUGUGCCAGUGCAAGGUGUACUGGUCGGGGCCAUGCGCCCCAUCACUUGUUGCUCCCAACCUGAUUGAGAGGCAAAAGAAGGUCAAACUCUUUUGUCUGGAAACAUUCCUCAGCGAGCUCAUUGCCCACCAGAAAGGACAGAUAGAGAAGCAGCCGCCAUUCGAGAUCUACUUAUGCUUUGGAGAAGAAUGGCCAGACGGGAAACCCCCGGAAAGAAAACUCAUCUUGGUUCAGGUUAUUCCGGUGGUGGCUCGGAUGAUCUACGAGAUGUUUUCUGGUGAUUUCACACGAUCCUUUGACAGUGGCAGUGUCCGCCUGCAGAUCUCGACUCCAGACAUCAAAGAUAACAUCGUUGCUCAGCUGAAGCAGCUGUAUCGCAUCCUCCAAACCCAGGAAAGCUGGCAGCCCAUGCAGUCUACCCCCAACAUGCAGCUGCCCCCGGCCCUGCCGGCUCAGUAA